AUGAUUAAGGCAGGAGAACUGUCAUUGCAACCUCAGGGACCCUUGCAGCCACUCGGGCAGGGACAGGCAAAGAAACCCCGGACAAGGCCAGCUCAACAUGCAGGCGACAUCGAUCUCAACAUGUCAGGAAGAAAGCCUUGUCACUCAGGGCCAGACCUCUCUGAGCCGGAUGCCCGUUUCCUGAGUCCAUCGACCUGGUCAUUGACGAAUAAUCGGUCGUCUCAUCCACCCCUGUCUUGUCUUAUGCUACCCCCCAGUGGUGGGCUAAACCAGCUCACACCGGCCAUGCGGGCUAAUGACCGUCUAGGUGUACCGUCGAAGAGAUUGAGAAAGUCCGCAGACCCAUCCCCUCACAUGAACUAUCUGGCUUGUCCGAAUACGGACGGCCCGUUUGCUUCGUCGACUAGAUGCCCUUGGAUUACGGCGGACCUUGCGACGAGCAAGUUGAGAACGGUCCUCACGAAGGCCUUCGGGCGUUGGUUAGGGCCCUGGGCAGGACAACGUGGCGGCCGGCUGCUGGCCAUGGCCGAUGUUCCUCACUGCAUUGCGUUCGAUCUGCAUCAGAGCCCCAACGAAGUUUGGGCUGGCAAUGUGCGUCGGUUGCCGAUCAAAGAUGCAGCAUCACGGCUCCAGUCCGCCCCUUCACCUAUUUCACCUUAG